AUGAACGAAGAGGUUUUAAGCACUACUCCGCUAUGGAGAUAUGUGACUAAGAAGGAUAAAGUUAAAGGUGGUGGUAAUUGGAAUUUUGUAUGUAACCACUGUCAAGUUCCAUAUUCGGGUUCAUAUUCAAGAGUGAAAGCACAUUUGUUAAAGAUUCCAGGCUCUGGAAUUAGAAUAUGUCCAAAGGUCAGAGAACAUAAACUUCAGGAAAUGAAACAAUUGAGUGAUGAAGCUGAGGCCAGAGCAAAAGCAUCUAAGUUUAAAAGUGUGCCUCUGCCAACAUGUGGAUCAGGUAGUGGUUCUUCUUUUGCGUCAAAUUCUUCAUCACUUGUUGAAGAUCCUAGGAAGAAGAAAAGAGGGGUUGAGAGCCCAAUAGAGAAAUUGUAUAAUGCUGCCAGACGUGAAGAAAUGGAUAGCAUAAUUGCACGGUUGUUUUAUGCAGCUGGCUUGCCGUUCCAUCUUGCUAGGUGUCCAUAUUAUAAAGUUGCAUUUAAUUUGGCUACAUCAGAUAGUAAAAGCAUUCAAGGUUAUAUUCCGCCGGGUUAUAAUAAACUAAGAACAACUCUUUUACGGAAGGAAAGAGAACAUGUUGAGAAAGAGCUAGAACCAAUUAAGAGCACUUGGAAAGAAAAAGGUGUGAGUAUUGUGACUGAUGGAUGGACCGACGAACAACGAAGACCCCUCAUGAACUUUAUGGCUGUUUCAGAGGCUGGUGCAAUGUUUAUUAAAGCAGUCAACACUCAAGGGUCAGUGAAGGACAAAGAGUACAUUUCUAAGUUGAUCAUUGAGACAAUUACGGAAGUUGGGCAUCAGAAUGUUGUGCAAGUAAUCACGGACAAUGCACCAGUUUGUAAGAGUGCAGGGCUACUUGUAGAAGGUCAGUUUAAACACAUUUUUUGGACUCCAUGUGUAGUCCACACACUAAACCUUGCUUUAAAGAAUAUAUGUCAUCCGAGAGAUAUUCGAACUAAUGUUUUAGUAUAUGAAGGGUGUGCUUGGAUUAGUGAAAUUAUUGCUGAGGUGGUACUGAUCAGAAACUUCAUCACUAAACAUUCCAUGAGAUUAGCCAUGUUUAAUGAACAUGUGGAGUUAAAAUUAUUCACACUUGCAGAGACACGUUUUGCCUCUAGUAUUAUAAUGCUUCAAAGAUUUAAAGAUGUGAAGCAAGGACUCCGUAACUUGGUAAUUUGCAAUCAAUGGUCAUCAUAUAAAGAUGAUGAUCCUAAUCAAGCAUUGUUUAUAAAAGAGAAGUUGUUGGAUGAUGAUUGGUGGAACACUUUGCAGUAUGUUAUUGAUUUUACAAAACCUAUCAUAGAAAUGCUUAGAUUAUGCGACACAGACGAGCCUUGUCUUCACUUGGUUUAUGAAAGGUGGGAUCGAAUGAUAGAUGAGGUAAAGAGCAUUAUACAUCGCCACGAGGGCUUACAAGAAUAUGAUAUUUCACCAUUUCAUAUGGUGGUGGACGGGAUUUUAACAGAUCGUUGGAGUAAAAGUAGCACACCGCUUCACUCUUUGGCACAUUCAUUGAACCCAAGGUAUUAUAGUCGUCAGUGGCUUGAUGAACGUCCAGGGCGUGUUCCACCACAUAGAGAUCUUUUGAUUGCAGGUCAAAGAUUGAAGUGUUUCGAGAGGUAUUACGAUGCGGAUGAGUUAAGAGAAAAUUUGCAAAUGCAAAUACCAUAA